UUCGGAUUAAUUGUUCGCCACGCUAGAAUGAGCAUUCUCUCCGAUUUUCCGGUUCGAGCUGCGGUCGACGACGGACGUUGGUAAGAGCUGUGACACUUUAAAAAUCGAUGUGGUUCUACAUGGAGACAUCUUCAAAGUUCCAAUAAAUAACAAACAAGAAGAAGAACAGAAGCAAAGCAUCACAGUCACAGAAUUGCAUUCAACCUCACUUUAACAUUUAUUUAACCCUUUUAUUCAUUAGGUAUACUGGGAAGUUUUGACCAAAUAUUUUCAUUAUUUGUAUAUUUUCCAUGCUGUGAGUGAAACCUAGUUCACCUUCAUGAUGGCUGAAGUGAUGAAUGAAAUUGAAAAGUUAGAACACCUUUCUUUGGUGUCAAAAAUCUGUGUAGAACUUGAAAAUCAUUUAGGAAUAAAUGACAAAGAUGUUGCUGAAUUCAUCAUUGAUCUUGCUGCCAGGAGCAAGAAACUUGAAAAGUUUAAGAAAGAGCUGGCGGAAAAUGGAGGCGACCAAUUUGCUGAUUCUUUCAUGGAGAGUUUAUGGCGCUUGAUUGUACUCAUGAAGCCGUCCGUGGUGGCUGUCAUGGACGCUGCAGGAGGGGCUGUGUGUGCAGAGGCUUCAAAGGAGGAGAGGAAGCGUCAGAUGCUGCCCUUCCUUGCUCUGCCCAACGAUCCUAGCGUGCGCACCAUGUUUGAUGAUGAAAUGAAACAGGAAAAUGUUGAAAUGCAACCUAAGCAGGAGCCUUUAACAGAAACUACGCUUAAAACAAAGAAGAGUAAGUCUAAGAAAAACAACGUUGAUGACUUUGGCGAUGACAUCAUGGCUUUUCUUGAAGCUCAGGCUCCGUCAAAACAGACUCAUGAAUCAGAGAAAGAAGAUGUAGAUGAGAGUCCAGAAAGAAAAAGAGCCAAAUGCAAGCGAUCAAGAAGUCCAGAACGUGAUAAGAGAAUAAAAAGAAGUCGUAGCCACGAUCGAUCGACAGACAGGAAACGCAAGCACAGAGACAAGCGCAGUUCUAGCAGGGAUAGAAAGAGUCGCCAUACUCACAAGAGGAGCCGAAGCAGAGACAGAAAACGCAGCAGAAGUAGAGACAGGAGGAGCAAAUCCAGAGACAGAGGUAGGAGAAGUCGAAGCCACAGUCGUGAUAGACGCAGCCACAGUAGAGAUCGUAAACGGCGAAGUAGGAGUAGGAACCGAGGCAGACGGAGCAGAAGCGUGGAUAAACGAAACAACACUCGUGAAAGACGCGACAACAGUCGUGAGAGACGAGAAAACACUCGUGGAAGACGCAGCAGGAGUCGUGACCGCCCAGAACGUAACGGCGACACUCGCAAUAGGACCCCUGAUGGUAAACAUGAAGAAGAGCAUGGCGCUGCCGACGGCUCGUUGGCUGGCAAACUUCCAGAUGAAAACCCUAUCGUCGGCAAGGUUUACGAGGGCAAGGUGACGAACAUCCUGAACUUCGGGUGCUUCGUGCAGCUGGACGGUCUGCGUAGGAGGUUAGAAGGCCUGGUGCACAUCUCACAUCUUCGUCAGGAGGGCAGAGUCACGAGCGUCUCAGAUGACACAAUUCUCACAGUUGAUGAUGGUGCAGGUGAAGGUGCUGUCGUUCACUGGCCAGAAGACGUCACUGUCCANCGUGACAUGAACCCUGCCGUGGGGAGUGGCUUGUUGGCCGACGACGAGGUCGCCAUGAGGAACCCUGACCGUCCUGUUAGCCUCAUCGAGCUCACCAAAGAUCUCACCUAA